AUGCCCCCAAAUAUGGAUCGGGAGUUUGAGGACUCUGAUGUGUCUGAUAAUUCAGAUAUUGAACAGCCCGAUGUCGAUGACCGCGCCCCCAAGCGUCGCCGCCUCUCAGAGUCCUCGACCGACUCUUAUGUCGCACCUGCGCCGCUCCCCACCCUUUCCCGUAUCAGGAAGAAGGGCGAGGUAGAGGAGGAGCCCGAAGCUAAGGAGGAGGACCCGGUUCUCAUCAGUCAGGCAAUUGAGCUUGGUAAACAGAGUGGUCUGUCCACAUUUUCCACCUUGGAUGUGGCGCCUUGGCUUGUGUCCUCGUUGGCGACAAUGGCCAUUAAACGCCCGACUGCUAUUCAGAAGGCUUGUAUUCCUGAGAUCUUGAAAGGAAAGGACUGUAUUGGUGGAAGUCGCACUGGUUCCGGAAAGACCAUGGCCUUUGCAGUUCCGAUCAUGCAACAAUGGGCCCGGAAUCCAUUUGGAAUCUACGCUUUGGUUUUGACCCCAACCCGUGAGCUUGCCCUCCAGAUCCACGAACAAUUCAGAGCGGUCUCCGCACCGCAAAAUAUGAAGCCCAUCCUCGUUGUUGGAGGUAUGGACAUGCGGAAGCAGGCUAUCGAGCUUGCAAGCCGGCCGCACGUUGUCAUCGCAACACCCGGCCGACUGGCAGAUCACAUCAAGACGUCCGGAGAAGAUACCGUAGCUGGUCUUCGCCGCGUCAAAAUGGUUGUUCUCGAUGAAGCCGAUCGCCUGCUAGCCAGCGGGCCCGGAAGCAUGCUGCCAGACGUGGAAACCUGUCUCGGCGCACUUCCCCCAUCCUCCGAGCGUCAAACAUUGCUCUUCACAGCUACAAUGACAGCCGAAGUACGGGCCCUGAAGUCCAUGCCGACAGCAGGCAACAAGCCACCCAUUUUCAUGACCGAGAUCGGCACCGAAAACCAAGGCAAGAUCCCGCCAACCCUCAAGCAGACAUACCUCAAGGUUCCCAUGACGCACCGCGAGGCCUUCUUGCACGCUCUGCUCUCCACCGAAGAAAACAUCACCAAGCCCGUCAUCGUCUUCUGCAACCACACCAAAACCUGCGAUCUGCUCGAACGCACCCUCCGCCGCCUCGGCCACCGCAUCACCUCCCUUCACAGUAUCCUCCCGCAAUCCGAGCGCACAGCCAACCUGGCCCGUUUCCGAGCCACCGCUGCCCGUAUCUUGGUCGCUACAGAUGUUGCGUCGCGUGGUCUCGAUAUUCCUUCCGUGGAGCUGGUCAUUAACUUCGAUGUGCCGCGCAACCCGGAUGACUAUGUGCACCGUGUUGGUCGUACUGCCCGUGCCGGCCGGAAGGGUGAAGCUACUACACUUGUCGGACAGCGUGAUGUUGAGCUCGUGCUUGCCAUUGAGCAGCGUGUUGGUAGGGAGAUGGAGGAGUUCGAACAGGAAGGUGUCAAUAUCGAGAGCCGUGUUGUCAGAACAGGUCUGCUCAAGGAGGUUGGUUCUGCGAAGCGUGAGGCUGCAGGUGAGAUUGAGGAGGGCCGUGAUAUCCUCGGACGCAAGCGCAAUAAGCUGAAGAAGGUCCGGUGA